UGAAGCGACACCCAAUCCCGCCAAAUGCCACCAGCAACAGCAGAUGCUGUAACUGGUAUUCCCGAUGCAUUUGUGUUUGAUGAGAAAAAGCUUGCGGCAGCCGGGACAGUAGAAAAGCAAGAACUUUUCGUCUUCCAGUGGCUGUCACAUGUUGAACAUGAGAGCAAACUGAUCGAUGUCGAAAUACUAAAGAAAGCUCAACCAAAACUCGAAAAGACACUGUUGAGCUUUGUUACUCUGGCUAGCCCUAAGCCAAGGCGGCCCAUUCGGUGUUUAAUUGGGAGAUGCUUUAUACUGCUGUAUACUCGAGCUGAGACUCGUACUAUGUUUGAUACCGUGGUAACUCUGCACGGAAUUGCAAGUGCGGGGAAAAAUGUCGAGAAAGAGGCUAAAAUUGCCGCAAUAACGACUAUUGGUACAAUCAUGGGGACACUGGGAAGUAAUAUUCUCUCUCUCUUCACGGAAACUGCCAAUAUACUGUUAAAAGUAUUGAAGAACAGCAAUAAUUCGCUCUUGAUGCGUUUAGAAGCACUUAAUGCGUUUACGCUGUUGCUGAAGGGUGCAGGAAAAGCGGCUGCUGACCCAACGCUGAAGGAUCUACAUAAAUUUUUGAAGGCCGCUUUGCCCGACAAAGCUCAAGUCAUACGAGUAGCGGCUGCUCAGUGUUUACAAGCAUGUGUUCAACAUGCACCUCAAACUCUGACGCUUAGUGACAUUGAGCAAAUGCUCCAGGCACUUUUCAAGGCGUUGGAAGGAUCAACAUUUCCAGUUCGACGAGCGGUAUCCUCUACUCUUUCCGCCAUAUUGGCGUUCACACAACUAAAGGCUACCACUGAUCCCAAUAAGCCUACUGUUAAACGUAUAUCGACAGCUGUUGCAACUGAUGGAUCGACACCGGAAGAUAUUGCAUCGAAAGAAACGACGUUGCUAUCGAUGGAGCAAAUGUUGAUGCAACUGUCAUCGGCAUAUAAUCGCCUAACCGCUCCAAAAGAACUCAAGGCUGGUAUUAUUGAGACAUAUGCAGCAUUAUUUAUUCAGCUUGGAACGAGAUUUGUUGAAAGCAACUAUGCCGCUAUCGUUAAGCAUCUAUUCACUGAGCUGCUUGGAAAUUUGCGAAAUAUUAUCAAUCAGUCGGAUGCCGCUUUUGUUCGAGAAGAGGUUUUCUUUCUGCUCAAUGACGUUAUUGGUCGGAGGUUGCUUAGCGAGCAGGGUCAAGCAAGUGCUGUCGACGUACUUAUCAACGAAUGGGUUAAGGCGUGGCCUGCGUUAAUGCCGAAUCAAGUUGCGCCAAAUAAGCAGGCAUUGAUUACAGCCGUCAACCUGGUGUCGAGCCUCGUUUCCGAAUUAGGAGGAGCAGUCCUUCCAGUUGAGCCAAUCCUAAUCAAUCCGCUCAUCACCUUGCUAUCUUAUCCCAGUUUUGCUGUUCAAGCUGCGUCAGCCUGGUGCUUACGAUGCGUUUGCACUGCUUUACCAACAAACUUAGGCACAGUCUUGCCUACUCUUUUCGGACUUUUGGAGAAAGAUUUGAGCAACUUGUCGAAUGCCAGCGCGAAAACUGACUUAUUUCGACGAACCAUUGGGCAUGUUCAUGCUGUUGCUUCUGUGAUGAGCGUAUUUCCAACAAAACCUAUCUACACGUCAUUUGACCUGAGCCAGCGAGCAUCUUCUUUGGCAAAGCAGCUGCUGGAUAGAACACACAAGGAUCCUGCCAUCGCUAGCGUACAGGUACAGGUAGCGUGGACACUGAUAAGCGCCUUGAUGGGACUUGGUCCCAACAUUGUCAAGUUGCAUUUGCCUCAACUUCUUUUGAUGUGGAGAAAUGCGUUACCCAAACCUACAGGAAAGGAGUCGAAUUCCAUUCGAAACGAAGCCGAGUGGUCGUUCAUCCUUCAUCAGAAGGAAUGUGUCAUCACGUCUAUUUUGAGCUUCUUGAAGCACAAUUCGAAAUCCCUUGUUACGUUGGAAAUCGCAAAACGAAUAUCAGCUCUUUUAAGCAACACUCUUGCUUUCCUUACAACCGCACCGCUGGAUUAUGCUCCGACUACUCUAUCGCCUUGCUUACCCUUUGAAACAAAGCUUACCGAUCAGAAUUAUCUAUUGAGAAAGCGUAUCUUUGAAUGCUUUGUUGCCAUCAAACCAUCUUCGAUCUACGAGUCACUGUUCUCCAGUCUUCUUCGCAAUUCCGUCUCUGUAUUUGCCUCGCCUGAAAAGAUUAUACCGUCUUCAGGCGCUCAAGUUCAUGUCACCGCUGCUGUACCCGGCCAAUAUGUCAGCAUCUGGAACAACUCAGACGGUCAUGGUUUUGGUGUGACAUCCAAACUAGGGGGUUACUCGGCUAAUGUUGCAGCUUUAGCAACUGCUCAUGAGCAAGACGAGAAUCGAAGUAAGGAUUGGAUGACAAGGGAUAGAUACAGAAAAAUCGAGCAACAACUGGAACAACCGAUCAUGGGAUCUUUGGAAUUAGAUUCACUCUACAUCUACUCUACACUGAAUUCAAGCCGCAAAUCCACACCUCGACCAGUUUCACCAUCCACAUCUUACAUUGAUGCUAGUGUCGAACUCUUUGCUACACUCUUUCCAUUCCAGUCUCCUCCUGUUCAGGAAGCUAUCUUAGAGCAAAUUAUCAAGUUAAUGAAAGAGCAGAAAGGCGAUAAGAACUCGCCAAAGAAGAUGGCCGUCUUGGUCAAUGUGGUUGUUGCUCUACUGGGGGCUUUUAGAAAUAUCACAACUGGAGGCAAGAAAGGAGAAGGCGCUAAAACCACCAUUGCAAGUGGUCGCACAGCUCAAAUUUGCCAGGAGAUAUUACAAGAAGCUAUAGUUCAUCCUGAUCCCUACUUGCGUAAUGCUGCCAGUGAUGCCUUGGGUCGACUUGUGAAUGUCAUUGGUGGCUCACUUAUGUCUAGCCAAAUACAAUACUUGGUUGACUUGGUGGUCAACAACAGAGAUCCUGAUGCGCGUGCCGGUUGCUCACUUGCUUUAGGCUACAUAUAUAGUCACGUCGGAGGUAUGGCCGCUGGAAAUCAUCUCAAAACCAUUGUUGGUAUCUUGCUCUCCCUCAGCAGUGAUCCACAUCCUGUGGUACAUUGUUGGGCACUGGAAUCCUUGACUAUGACCAUUAGCGCUGCAAGUUUGAUGUUCUCAGGCUAUGUGAGCAGUACUCUCGGCCUAGUUGCGAAGCUUUAUUUGGUGGAGACACAUGAGCCUGGUGGUGGAUCUACAGCUGUUUCCAAUGCUGGUAUGGCCAUCGGCUUUACUGCUUAUCAAGAGUUUGGUAGAAUUAUCUAUGAACUGGUUGGUACUCUCGGACCCGAGCUGCAGGCUAUAUCCAAGGUUCGAGAAUUAUGCAUGAACAUUGUAGAGGAACUCAAACUGGAGCCCGAUGAGCGUGUAAAUAUGGAGGCCAUCCGUUGUACACAACAGUUCAUCAUGUUUGCGCAGUCUUAUGUCGACCUCAAAUUGCUAGUGCCAUAUCUUCAGGUUCAACUCUCAAGCUUCCAUCUUCCUCUCAAAAAAGCAGCAGUGACUUGCCUUUACCAGCUUGUCCAGCGCAAUGCCGAAGCUGUUUUCAGAACCGCUACUCCUGGGCUUGACACAGAAUUGUUUAGUAUGCUUGAUACUGAGCCAAGUCUUAUCGAUGUGAAGGAUGUUAUUCGCAGCUGGUUGAAGGAAACAGCCGUCAAGCAACCAUCGGUUUGGGUCAAUAUUACCAAACAAGUUCUAUCUGGAGCAGUUACCAGUGCUUCGAUCUCCAAAGGUGCUGACACGAGAAAGUCUGUGGAUGAAAUCAAUAUUGCCGACAAUUUCGAUGACGAUUUUGAAGAUGAAGGUGCUGAAGACUUCAAUGACGAAGAUGGCAACGCCGAUAUUACUACCACAGUGGCUGAUUCUUCACUUGGACCUCAAACCUCCAUUAUUGCCAACGUAGACAUACCUCCCAGAUGGCGCACUCAGUUGUUCUCUCUGCUUUGUCUUCAGGAAUGCAUAGAGUUGAUAUCAGCAUCUGGCGGCAGGGAGCAUUUCGACUUGAUUCUGGCACGAAGAAAGCGUCAGCAGGCUGGUGUUGGCGACUUCCUUGUGUUCCGGGUUGGUGAUCUCAUUAAGCUGUCGUUUACAGCAGCAACUGCUCCGGUCAACGACCUUCGUCUUGUUGGUAUCAACUUACUUAGAACUGUUAUUGAGAAAUUCGCUGCUACUGCUGAUCCAGACUUGGAAGGAACUCUCCUGCUGGAACAAUAUGCUGCACAAAUUGGUGCAGCACUCACACCAGCAUUUGCUGCUGACUCAUCUUCUGAAAUUGUUUCGGCCGCUGUUCGUGUGUGUGCUGUUUACGUUGGUAGUGGCAUUGUCAAAGAUCUUUACCAACUUGGUCGUGUGCUCAAAUUAUUGACAUCAGCACUGGAUAAAUGCAAGGACGACGCCGAUAUCACCCGAGUUGGUGAAAUUAAAGAUAUCAGUCCACAUGCAUCCAUCAUGGUCAAGCUUUCGGUUCUGAAUGCUUGGGCUGAACUUCAAGUUGCUACUGUCCAUCAAGAUUACUUACGCCAGGUGGUGCAGCCCAACUUACCUGUACUAAGCCCACUUUGGCUUUCGUCUUUGAAAGACUAUGCUCGCAUCAGACUGGAAAGUGAUAUCUUGGCGCUGGCAACUGGCAGCGAAGGUGUGAAAGCUACUUCAGCAGGUGGAAUCGACUCCAUGUAUUCGGCUGCUACCAAAGAAAUUACACUACCGUUCUAUCGAAAGUCUUGGUUAAAGAUUAUGGGAGCAGUUGCAACAUUGAUGGAAAGCCGAGAACCAUCCAUGAUGAAUGCUUUGGCUGAGAAUGAUAGAUCUGGCCAAGAUAGUCCUCCAAAUGAGCAAGGAUCACCACUAUUCUACGUCCUUUUCGGCCUGUGCAUUGAAAGCUUGGCCCGAGUGUCUAGUUCCAGUGGCUCACGUUCAGACUCCACCAUGACACUCAGCAUAUGCUUGAACUCUCUCAAAACAUUUAUCCACCCAUCUCUUGCCGGGCCUAACUUCGUUCCAAAGGCGGUUUUCUUGGAGCUUAUGAAUGUUUUUGAUCGACUCGUGCAAACCGAAGGUACACAGGUGCAGCUGGAGAUUGUAAAUAUCACAGAACGUAUUGUCAAUGAGUACGGUAGCAAGUACAUUUGCGAUGAUUUGGACGCUGACGGCCUUGAGGUGUCGGACUUCGAGGCGCUAGACCGAGCACUGGAUCCCGACUCGUUCCCAACUAAUGCAAAGUUGUAUUACCUCUUCCGUCUACUUAUCACCAUAUUCGUUCAAAAGAUACCCUCUUUGUCGUCACGCCAAACGCAGAAAAAAAAUGUACCACAAAGUUUGGAUCCAGCUACAGUUGCUGUGCUAAGUGUUUGUCUAGAUACUUUAGGCUCACUUGUUUCAAUUGCACCUGCAAGCUACAAAUGCGACCUUUUUGCCAUUUGUCUAUAUAUCUACUCAGAAGCUUUACAACGUGAGCAAUAUCAAUUGACACUUGCUCCAAAGUGUCUGCUGUCGCUCAAAAAUGUCUUGGAGGGCUUGGAACCUAGCUUGGCCGCCAACUAUAUUCCAAGAUUGUGUCGCGUCACUGGUGCCAUGAUACAUACGUUACUUGACGAUAUGACGCAGAAUUUGAUUCGGGAAAGUAAUGAGAUAAGCAAAGAAGAUAUAUCGGUUAUUAAGCAUAGUCUAUUGGCAUCAACCUUACUGGUUACUGGCUGUCCACAAGCCAACCUGGAAAAUCGACAAAGCCUCGAUCGUUAUUUGGAUACAUUGAAAGAAAGUUUGCAAAACAGAAACACCGAAAUUGUGUUGACGGCUCAUCAGUGUUUACGAAAUUUGGUUAUGCUUCCCAGCAAAAAGGCUAAUGUGCCUUCAGCCGUUACACUUGGACAAGUUAUGACAAAGCGUAUUAUACCGCACAUUAUUGUCCCAUAUCUUUUGUCUCAAGAAGUUGAUACCGACAUUCAAGAUAGCCAACAGGCGAAGGAAGAGGCUAUCAAGACUUUGCUGAUGGUGCAUAAUGUUGCAGAAAAUGAAAAAAGAUCUGAAAGUGUUUCUAGCAUCCAUAGUGUAAUUAUGAAGCAUGUACUUUCGUUGGCUUCAAGCAAUCCUGCAUUGUUCAAGGAAGCCGUUAGCCAUAUGUCUCCUGAAGUUCGUUCGAAAUUAGAGACCUGCGUUAGAAAUAGCGUUAUGCAGCUUCAGCAAUCAAUGCAGAGACAGCAACAGGAUCACGCUGGAUCAAAAGCUUAUGAAAAGGAGCCUACCAUUCAGCUCAAAACGAACUUUGGAAGUUUCUAGAGAAAGAAAUUCUUCAGAUAAUAAAAAAAUUGUUACAUUGUCGAGUAUUCGG